AUGUCCGGCCUGGAGCCCCUCGCAGCUCUGGGUCUUGCCUGCAACAUACUCCAAAUUGUAGAACUGGGGCAGAAGACCAUCGCGUGUAUCAAGGAUGUAUACCAGGGGCGCACCCCAGACGAAGAACUCAAAAACAAUGCUGUCGGCUUGGAAAGUCUCGCAAACGAGAUCAAGAAGCACAGUGGACCCGGGAAGAAGAAACUCGAGGAGAUCCUGGUCCAGUCAGCUGCCAGUUGCUCCAAGGCAGCGCGCGAGCUCCGAGAGGAGAUGCAUUUCCUUUUCGACAAUGCGAAGCGAGGGAGCCUUGCGUCUGCUUUGAAAGUCACAGCAAAAGUCGCCUGGCGGAAACGCCGCUUGGACAGGCUGCAGGGGAACCUAGACACCGAGGAGAAGCGGAUGCAAAACCGUCUUCUUGCGCAAAUAUGGUCAAGUACCGAUGCAGCUCACAUAAAACUAGAUGGAGCCAGGCGCGAGCUCCGCUUCUUCAUCGAGCAAUACAGAGAAGGCCGCCGAGAGACGACUGAUCUUGUGUCUUCGGAAGGUCUGAAGACUAGGGAACAGGUCUCACUCGAGGCCGGACGGACCAACAAGGCGGUAGCGCUGGUCGGCCAGAAGAUGGACUGCCUAGUAAUGAGCCAAGAGGCCCAUGUGGAUGACCAGAUUCGAGACCGUUUCCUCAAAAGUUUGAAAUUCCCGGAUUUUAACCAGCGUCGUAAUCAGAUUGACGACGCCUAUGAAGACACGUUGGAUUGGGUCUUUGUCGGGGACCACGAUGACUACUCUGAUGAGGACUUUGACUCUGAGGACGCAUACGGUACUACAGAAAGUGGCUCGGGCAGCGGGUCAGACCGGAGCACGGAUGCGGAUUCGGGGGCAAGUUCUUUGGAAGGAGAAGAAGACGGGGACCAGGAGCUUCUAUCCGAAAUCAAGUGGGAUAGCUUCUCCAAUUGGCUUAGCUCAACCGAUGCCAUUUAUUGGAUCAGCGGAAAGCCAGGCUCGGGCAAGACGACUCUGGUGAAGUACAUCUUGGGUCAAGAUCGGACGAAGAAGUAUCUUAAUGCCUGGUCUCCUGGCUGCGAAGUCGCAUCCCACUACUUUUGGCGACCGGGCUCCACAAUGCAGAGAAACAUGGAAGGGCUCUUCUGCUCGCUCCUUUAUCAACUUUUGGGCUGUAACAACACGGCACUCAGAAAGGUCAUAUCAUCUGUGUCGGGCCCAAAAGACUCAUACACAGACUGGUCUAGCAGCGAACUUCGCUCAGCACUUCUAAAGACCUUGGACUCCUACGAAAAUGGCGUGUGCUUGUUUCUGGAUGGCAUUGAUGAGAUCAACCCCGAAAAUAAGACCAAAGACAGCAUCCCAGAGUUUCUGGACUGGGCCUUUAAGCUGUCGCAGAGGAGAAAGAUCAAACUUUGCUUGGCAAGCCGGCCUGAUCCCCAGAUCUUGGAGACAAAAUUAUCCAUAUACCCACGAAUCCGAUUACAAGAUUUGAAUUACGAAGACUUGAUGGUCUACGCAGAAGAACAUGUCGAGUUCCCUGAGACGGAAAUGUCCGAAGAUCAAUAUGACCCGAUCCGAUCCUUGGUCGCUAAAGCGGAAGGAGUGUUCCUAUGGCUCAUCCUUGCGACAAAGAGCAUCAACGAAGGAUUUAGGAACUAUGAUAGUGUUGAAUCUCUUCAGAAGAGAAUUGAUCAUUUGCCGAAGGAUUUGGACAGCUUAUACCAGGACAUGUGGGCAAGGGCCGGCGCGGACAGCUUACCCGAAUACGGUCAGACUGCCGCGCUUUACUUCAAACUUCUACUUGCCAGCAGACACAGACAAUUCUCCACCAACAGAUUCAAUAUUUUCCAACUCAUGCUUGCAACAACGCCUGUUGCUGAUAGAGUAUUGGAUGCCUUGGACGGGACAUCAGAUUUCGUUAGUCAAGACAUCAUGUUGAGGAGAUGCCAGGAAGUUGAGAGGAAGGUGAAGAUCUAUUGUGCCGGUCUUGUCGAAUCGGGUACUGAAGGGAGAGUAGACGAGGCGCACAGAGAUACGUCGAGCUGGUAUGGGCACAUGUAUGACAUGGUAUGGCCUAUUGCGACCAGCUCAGACUUGCAAUUCAUACACCGAACCGCUAGAGACUUCCUUACCGACACCGAGUCGGGCAGGAAGAUAUUGGAUUUCGAAACGGCGUCAGAGUUUACCGUUCAUUACCGGCUUAUGAAAGCUUGGCUAGCAAAACUCGCACUUUUUGCUCAUAAUGAUGACUCGGCGGAUUGGUCUUACAAAUUGACGAGGUUUCACGAAACUUGGGAAGGCACGAAUGAGUGGGUAUGUGCGGACUGGCAUCGACUGAUGUUGAUUUGCGAGAAACUUGCAAACUCCGGCAGGUUGUUUGUGGGGUCGUGGGAUGACGCAAUUCCCUGUCCCGGCGCCGAUUUCUUGAGGGUCUUAGCUCAGUACCACUGGGACGAUGAAUUUAUCAUUUCAAGACUGAAGGACGGGAAUCUGAGCGGCAAUGAGAAAUCCGCGAUCCUGAUGGGCCUGGCCGAUUCAGUUACUCAACUCAGCCACGGAAGACAUGGCCAGUCUCGCCUUCGUACCUUCCGCGAGUUGCUGUCGGCAGGUGCUGACCCGAACUGGCAAUGGUGGGAGUCGUGCCAUCAUUUGCCGGCCACACAACUGGAAACUCCGUGGCAGCACUAUCUGGUCGAAUUGAUGCAGUUUUUAUCUUUCAUUGCUCAACACAGGCGCUGGCAAGUAGCGAACACAUGGACAGAAGUUGCCAUACGGGCUGAAAUCGUUUUGUCGUUCAUAACCGAAGGCGCAAAAUUGGAUGUCAUGCUCAACAUUUGCAUAACUAAUGAAAAGUACGCUUGUUUUGCAUGGGACAUCUGCACGUCGCUCACAAACAAUCUCAUGGGAACAAGGAGCUAUAGGGUGUAUGCAUCAGUUCCAGCGUACACUAUUGUUCGAACUCUGACCGAAACUAUGCGCCACGGCUCUUCGCAGUUUGAUGAAGGACCCUUUCCAGAGAGCUGUGUCAGUCUGGAACAAGCAUGCAUGGAUCAGCGGAGCAGCACAAUGUGUCGCGUGUUCGGGCAGCUCAACGGGAAAGAGCCACAUCCAGCAGGACGAUAUGUGCUUUGGGAGAUCACCGAAGACAUGCAAACACAGCUUGGGAGCAAGCUCGUCGAGGAAGGGUUCAAAUGGAUACCAUGGAAAAUAUCGGCCGAAAUCGGCAGUCGGUCAGACUCACAUGGUGGUCAUUAUCCAAAGAUCUUCCAAUCGAUCAUCAACGAUGAAUCUUGGAUUUUGAACCCCGAUGUGACAUCUGAUCGUUCUAUGAGAAAGUGGCUUGAGGAGCUAGGACUGGUAAAACUGGUUGAUAAAAGACCCAAUAUCCGUCAAUGGGUCGAAAAGCAUAGGAAGGAAACUCUUCAAUCUGGGAUCGCAAAGUAG